GGAAUCCUAAAACCAAAACAUUAGAACAAAAACAGAAACAUGGCUCACCAUAUUACAUUUCUUUGGAUAAUUUUGGUCCUGCUUCUUCAGAAUUCUGUAUUAGCUGAAGAUGGGGAAAUAAGAUCAAGUUGUCGUACUGCUCCAACAGAUUUAGUUUUCAUCUUGGAUGGCUCUUACAGUGUUGGCCCAGAAAACUUUGAAAUAGUGAAAAAGUGGCUUGUCAAUAUCACAAAAAACUUUGACAUAGGACCGAAGUUUAUUCAGGUUGGAGUGGUUCAGUAUAGUGACUACCCUGUCCUGGAGAUUCCCCUUGGGAGCCAUGAAUCAGGAGAGAAUUUGAUGGCAGCUAUGGAGUCCAUACACUACUUGGGAGGAAACACAAAGACUGGAAAGGCCAUCCAGUUUGCCCUUGAUUACCUUUUUGCCAAGUCUUCACGAUUGCUGACUAAGAUAGCAGUAGUCCUUACGGAUGGUAAAUCCCAAGAUGAAGUCAAGGAUGUGGCAGAAGCAGCAAGAGACAGUAAAAUAACAUUAUUCGCCAUCGGUGUUGGUUCAGAAACAGAAGACGCAGAACUUAGAGCUAUUGCCAACAAGCCUUCAUCUACUUACGUGUUUUAUGUGGAAGACUAUAUUGCAAUAUCCAAAAUAAGGGAGGUGAUGAAGCAGAAACUUUGUGAAGAAUCUGUCUGUCCAACACGAAUUCCAGUGGCAGCCCGUGAUGAGAAGGGGUUUGAUAUUCUUUUAGGCUUGGGUGUAAAGAAAAAGGCUAAGAAAAGAAUUCAGCUUUCACCAACAAGGAUAAAAGGAUAUGAAGUGACAUCAAAAGUUGAUUUAUCAGAACUCACAAGCAACGUUUUCCCAGAAGGUCUUCCUCCAUCAUAUGUAUUUGUCUCCACUCAGAGAUUUAAGGUCAAGAAAGUGUGGGAUUUAUGGAGAAUUUUAACCAUUGACGGAAGGCCACAAAUAGCAGUUACCUUAAAUGGAGUGGAUAAAACUUUAUUAUUUACAACAACCAGCAUCAUUAAUGGCUCACAACUGGUCAACUUUGCUGACCCUCGAGUUAAGACAUUAUUUGAUGAAGGCUGGCAUCAAAUUCGUCUCUUAGUAACCGAACAAGAUGUAACUCUGUAUAUUGAUGAUCAACAAAUUGAAAACAAGCCCUUACAUCCAGUUUUAGGGAUGUUCAUCAGUGGGCAAACCCAAAUUGGAAAAUACUCUGGGAAAGAAGAAACCGUUCAGUUUGAUGUCCAAAAGUUACGAAUCUACUGUGACCCAGAGCAGAACAACCGGGAGACAGCAUGUGAGAUUCCUGGAUUUAACGGUGAGUGCUUCAAUGGUCCCAGUGAUGUUGGUUCAACGGCAGCUCCCUGUAUUUGUCCUCCAGGAAAACCAGGACUACAAGGCCCCAAAGGUGACCCUGGACAGCCUGGGAACCCUGGAUACCCUGGACAACCUGGUCAAGAUGGUAAGCCUGGAUAUCAGGGAAUGGCAGGAUCACCAGGUGUUCCAGGAUCCCCAGGAAUACAAGGAGCACGAGGACUACCAGGUUAUAAAGGAGAACUGGGGAGAGAUGGAGAAAAGGGUGACCGUGGACUUCCUGGUUUUCCUGGGCUUCAUGGAAUGCCAGGAUCAAAGGGUGAAAUGGGUCCCAAGGGAGAUAAAGGAUCACCUGGAUUUUAUGGCAAAAAGGGUGCAAAAGGUGAAAAGGGGAAUGCUGGUUUUCCUGGCCUUCCUGGACGUGCUGGAGAACCAGGAAGACAUGGAAAGGAUGGAUUAAUGGGUAGCCCUGGUUACAAGGGAGAAGCAGGACCUCCAGGUGCUCCAGGGCAGGAUGGAUCACGGGGUGAGCCUGGAAUCCCAGGAUUUCCUGGAAACCAAGGAUUAAUGGGACAAAAAGGAGAAAUUGGGCCUCCAGGACCACUAGGAAAAAAAGGAGCUCCGGGGAUACCUGGUUUGAUGGGAAGCGAUGGCUCACCAGGUCAGCCUGGAGCCCCAGGAUCUAAGGGAAAUAAAGGUGAACCUGGACUUCAAGGGCUGCCUGGGUCUUCUGGGCUCAAGGGAGAACCAGGAGCAGUGGGUCUGCCAGGAGAACCAGGAUACCUGGGUUUACCUGGAAUUCAAGGGAAAAAGGGGGACAAAGGAAAUCAAGGCGAAAAGGGCAUUCAGGGUCAAAAGGGAGAGAAUGGAAGACCAGGGAUUCCAGGGCCACAGGGAAUUCAAGGCCAUCAUGGUACAAAAGGAGAGAGAGGUGAAAAGGGAGAGCCUGGUGCCAGAGGUGCCACUGGACCCAAAGGAGAAUCUGGAGUGAAUGGUCUGAUGGGGCCUACGGGUCCCCAGGGGCAACCCGGGGAAGCAGGUCCUCAGGGACCCCCAGGACUAGAUGGGAAGCCCGGGAGAGAAUUUUCAGAACAGUUUAUUCGACAAGUUUGCACUGAUGUAUUAAGAGCCCAGCUACCUGUCUUACUUCAAAGUGGAAGAAUUCAGAGUUGUGAUCACUGCCAGUCCCAGCAUGGCUCUCCUGGUAUUCCUGGGCCACCUGGUCCCAUGGGCCCAGAAGGUCCCCAAGGAUUCCCUGGUUUGCCAGGAAGAGAUGGUGUUCCUGGAUUAAUGGGAGCUCCAGGACGCCCAGGUGCCAAAGGAUUAAAAGGCUUACCAGGACGAAAUGGGGCAAAGGGGAGCCAAGGGCUUGGGUACCCUGGAGUACAAGGUCCUCCUGGUCCCCCAGGUCCAGAGGGCCCCCCUGGAAUAAGCAAAGAAGGUCCUCCAGGAGACCCAGGUCUCCCCGGCAAAGACGGAGACCACGGAAAACCUGGAAUCCAAGGGCAGCCAGGACCCCCGGGCAUCUGUGAUCCAUCACUGUGUUUUAGUGUCAUUGUCAGAAGAGAUCCCUUUAGAAAAGGACCAAACUAUUAGUGUCUGAUGCCUCAUUCAGCAGCCUAGGCAUGGUGCUCUUCUUUUGUGGUCUUUGCAUCUCAGGAAGAUAACAACAGUAAUCCCUUGAAAAGAAACUCAUGUACCUCGGUGUUUUUAUUAUUGUUUCUUUCCUUAAGGAAAAAUAUAGAAAAGGUCACAUAUACCGAUUUUAAAGGCUCCUCAGUUCUUCAGAGCCUUUAGAUUAGUAGCAUUAACUAAAUCUCAAGGGUUUCUUGUAAGUCCAUUCAUUUUAGUCAAAGUCAAAUAUAAAAAAACACCAUUGCCUGUCAGCCAGUCAGUUUCAGUCACUGUGAAAAAUUUCACAUUCAGCCUCCAUGCGGCAGAGUAUUUGAGUUCAACUUCCUGUCUGUGUGAAUUUCAUGUUUCAUAGCUCAUAGCUCACACUUCUACAUUAGUCCAAACGUGCAUCUGGACAUGGGAGAUGAGAUCAGGGCUGAUAUUCGGUUUGGGAACAGACCGUAUUGCCAUAUCAGCCCUUACUCCAGUGUCUGUGCUUACCAGACAGUGGUGAUGGACUGUUGGGGUUGUUCAGUGUUUUGAAUAUCACCUCUGAACAUUCUGGAAAAAAAGUUUCACUGGACCUGGUCGAUAUGUUCAAAGGAAUUGUAAGUUCAGAAAUACCAAAAAGACUUUCUUCUUCAUACUUGCUUAGUAAUUGGAAUGUUUGUUGCAUGCCUUCAUUUUCCAUUUCAGUUAUUACAUGUGUACAUUCAUAUAUGUUAACUUUUAUUAUAGCAAAGCUAGUGGGAAUCAAUGCUCUAGUUGACAGGAAAGGUAACUCCACAAAUCCUAGGAUGUCUUGAUAUUUUUAGCAGACUUUAAAAUAUUAUAAACAGUCUUUGUGUACUGUAUUUAAUGCUUUUGUAAGGAACAUAAUUUGAGAUAUUCCAUCUUUAUCAUGCUCUAAAUUUUUUUACUUUGCUUAUUAUUCAAAGUACAAUAAAGUUUUGUA